UCCCUGAACGUUACCGAAAUGGGGAGCAGGUUGCUAAGCUGGAAGAGUCCUUUAACUCCAGCGUCUCCCUUGCACCCAACGCUGAGCUACCAGAUCAGAUACAGGAGGCUCGGCCAGCGCUGGAUGACUCUGGACAUUUCUGACGUGAAAUGGGACAUUGGGGCGGAGUCCCUGGUGCCUGGCUCCAGGUACGAGGCCAUGGUGAGGGCAAGGGGCGGAAGGGGUCCCUGGAGUGACUGGAGUCCCCCUGUGCUGUGGCAGACAGAGGAGGCCUCGGGACCUCAAGGUCCUUAUAACCUGCAGUGUUUUUUUGACGGGAACAAGACAGUGAGCUGCAGCUGGGAGCUGCGCAGAGACCUGGCAGAAUCCGUCACCUACAGGCUCUCCUACCAAACAAACUCCUCUGCGGCGGUCCAGCAUUGCUAUGGAGUGAUCCCUGUUGUCCACGACCCCAGUGACCCCAUUGUCCAGUUUCGAUGCUCCUUCUUUGUCUCUCGCGCUGAAGAGCUCCAGGUCAAUCUCACCCCAGAAUACAAAAAAAAGCAGUUCUGUUCUCACACUAACAUCCGGCUCCCCCCUCCGGGCCCAGUGAAGGUGACGGAGAAGGACCAGAUGUUUGAACUGAGCUGGAAACCCCCAGUUUCUCCUAAAGUGAAGGUCUCCUACCAGGCGCGCUACUGGAGCAUGGAGAGGCAGGAGGACCUGACCCAGUUGAACUUCUCACAGAGCACCUACUCUCACCGCUUCCAUAGCAGCUCCCUGCGACCACAUACACGCUACUGGGUCCAAGUGCGAAUCCUGGUCGCCCCCAGCAGUUAUCGAGGUCCACCAUCUGAGUGGACAGAGGCGGUGGAGUUUAUUACCCACCCAGCUCCCUGGUCCAUCUCCACGUUCAUCUACAUCAUCACUGGUGUGGUUGUGACCAUAUUCUUCUUCAUUCUUUACUUUACCCUGCCUGCCUUCCACAGGAGGCUGAUAAGGUGGGAAGUGUCACUUCCUUCUCCCAUCAAGAGCAAAGUCAUGGAAGAAAUUCUGAAGCACUCCCCGAGCAGCUGUGCAUUUUCAUCACAGGCUGAGAAAGCUUACAUCUGUAACGUGCAAAUCCUGGACAGCCUCUCUUCCUCCAGCUGUCCGGAAGACACCGGCUGGGAUGCUGCCCUUGACCGGUACGACUUCAAGAGUCCACCCUCCCUGAGUGAGGAGAGGCGGGAGAAGGAUACUUCAAGCCUGAGUUUCAACGGCCCUUACCUUCUGUGUCGCAAAAUGUCACAAUCGCUGAGCGAGACGCUAGAUUACUGCAGCGCGAAGGAGGCCGAUUCCGACUCGGAAUCGCUCUCCACCGGCUCCCACCUCUCUCUGUCCGUGGGCGAAUCGACAACAGGGUACGUGAGUCUGCCCUCGGACGCCGGCCUGUCUCCGCUCCACGUCCUGAGGGAGUACAUAGACUGGCCGUUCGCUCCCAAUGACUCCUUCGGGUCAAACUUUGAGGUACGAGAUUGCAACCCCCCGGCCUAUACGCCGACCCCCCCGGCACUGCACUCCUCCCUGCUCCAGCGCAUAUCCGCAGGCCUCGUUCCCGACGCGCAGGCAGGGGAGCCACACAGAACGGCGGGCAACAGCAGCGUGGACUUUACAGUGCAGUAAAUCGUUGCAUGAUAACCUGUGCGUUUGUGUGUGUUUCAGCUAAGUAAAUAAGAUAUUGCAUUUACUUGCUCCAGGUGUGAUUGUGGUACAUGUGGUACAUGGCCUGUACCCAUGGAGCGGCACGCUCAGCCUUUCAGGGUGGCUCACUGACGAACCACCCAUCCCUGAGAUCGUUCACCCGGAAUCCGAUCUGAGAUGCAGAACAUGUCUAUGUAUCUAAUGCCUGUGCAUCAGAGAAACCUACUGUUAAUCUCAUAAAUAUUAAAUAUACUUCGUGCAUAACUUUGUGUGGACUAAAUCAUAUAAAAAAAAGUGUAAAGGCCUGUUGCUGUCAGUCAUCCGUACAGUGCAAAACUUUUCUCGCUGUAUUGCGUGAAAUACAUACAUCAUGUAGUCUUACAAGGCAACACUUUUGUAAAAGUUUAGAUUCACCGAGGAGCUUUUGAGUAGCAGGGGAGCA